GGAUCGUUGGCCUUAAACAAGCCGAGCUCGUCGCACCCAGGAUCGGACCCUCAGACACUCCGAGGCCGGUCAGCUGGUCGGUCCUUCUCCGAGCCUGUGCGCCCCCAGCCGGCCCGCAGCCCCGGCAGCCCCCGCUGAGCGCCAUGGCCGUGCUGGAGCUCGCCAUGCAGGGACUGGCCGUGUUCGGCUUCCUGCUGUUCUUCGUGCUGUGGCUGAUGCACCUCAUGUCCAUCAUCUAUGUGCGUCUCCACCUCCACAAGAAAAGGUCGGAGGUCAAACAGCCGUUUGUGCAGCUGGCAGGAGUUUCUCUGCUGAAGCCUCUGAAGGGCGUCGACCCAAACCUGAUCUCCAACCUGGAGACAUUUUUUACACUGGAUUAUCCUAAGUAUGAGAUCCUGCUGUGCGUUCAGGAUCAAGAUGAUCCAGCUGUGGAUGUGUGUAAAAAGUUGUUGGGAAAAUAUCCAAACGUAGACGCACGAUUAUUCAUUGGGGGGAAGAAAGUUGGAAUCAACCCCAAGAUCAACAACCUGAUGCCGGGCUAUGAAGGAGCCAAAUAUGGUCUGAUCUGGAUCUGUGACAGCGGCAUCAGAGUGAAACCCGACACUCUGACAGAUCUGACCAAUCAGAUGACAGAGAAGGUGGGAUUGGUCCAUGGGUUGCCAUAUGUUGCUGAUCGCCAAGGCUUCGCCGCCACACUGGAGCAGGUGUAUUUUGGGACGUCCCACCCUCGCUCCUACAUCUCAGCUAACGUGACGGGGAUAAAGUGUGUGACAGGGAUGUCGUGUCUGAUGAGGAAGGACGUGUUGGAUCAAGCCGGCGGAUUGGUCGCCUUUGCUCAGUACAUCGCAGAGGAUUACUUCAUGGCUAAAGCCAUCGCUGACAGAGGAUGGAAGUUCUCCAUGGCGACACAGGUGGCACUGCAGAACUCGGGGUCGUACUCCAUUGGUCAGUUCCAGUCCCGCAUGAUCAGGUGGACGAAGCUGAGGAUCAACAUGCUUCCUGGCACCGUGCUAGAGCCUGUCUCCGAGUGCUUCCUGGCCAGCCUCAUCAUUGGCUGGGCUGCUCAUUAUGUGUUCAGGUGGGACAUGAUGGUGUUCUUCAUGUGUCACUGUCUGGCCUGGUUCAUAUCUGACUACAUCCAGCUGACUGGAGUUCAGGGUGGCCCGCUAUGCUUCUCCAAGCUGGACUUUGCGGUGGCGUGGUUCAUCAGAGAGUCGAUGGCCGUGCAGAUCUUCCUGUCGGCUCUGUGGGACCCGACAAUCAGCUGGAGGACCGGACGCUACCGGCUGCGCUGUGGCGGCACCGCAGAGGAGAUCCUUGACGUCUAGUUACCACGGCAACUGCCGGCCCUUUCUUCCUCCUCUUCCUCAUGAAGGUGGAGAGGAGGAAGAGGAGGAGGCGUGAAAGAGACUGUUUGUUUUUGUUUUUUUUUUAAUGAGAAAAACUGAAGUGUGUGUGUGUGUGUGUGUGUGUGUGUGUGUGUGUGUGUGUGUGUGUGUGUGUGUGUGUUUGUUUAACUAUUUAUGUUCCUUUUGGUGCUAAAAAACCCCGAAAUGAUGCCAGAACAAGCCAAUGAGAGCGCAGGAUGGAAGGAAGAAAAACAUUUUUAAAAAAAAGGAGAAAAAGAAAUGGGAGGGAGUGACGCAUCGCACUGAACAGCUGAUCUCUGAUCGACCAAUCAUUAGAGAGGAGUCAGUAUUCUCUCUCCUGAUUGGCUCCUGACAAUUUGCUGAAUGAACUAAUUGUGACUGAAGAUGAAACAGUUUGACGAUGUCUGACGCUUCAUAGCAAACGUGUCGGCUGCGUUUCAGACGCUUCCCGUCAGUCGUCGUGACGUCCGUCUGUUUGAACAAAGGUUGGCGAGGACUGUGAGGCUUUCACUAAGACACAGUGCAGAUUGUGUUGUUGGUCCUGAACAGCUCCUGAUCCAGGUUCAAGCUCUGUGAUUGGUCAGAGGUCCGUCCCCUUCCUGUGUCCCUGAUUCCAGAAAUAAGGACAGAGACGAACAAGGUGCUAUGAGUCACCAGAGAUGCACCAACCGACCAACCAAACUUCAGCCUGACCGGCCGAUUGGUCUCAGAUGUAGCUGAUCCUGCUCAGAUCAGAUCGACAUGCAGGUGCCGCACGAUGGCGGGCGACACAAAGAGCAGCACGGACAGGAUGUGAUGUCAUCAGAGCCGCUGCAACUCUGUCUUCUAAUUCAUUCCCACGUCGCACAUCGCUUUUAAAGCUAUGGUGUGAAGCUAACCAGCAGGCGUGGGUACACCACCCAAAUCUGUUUAGACCUGAUAAGUCGCUCACAAGUGUAGCAUAGAAAAGCUAAUGCUAACCGGUUCAUGUAAGUGGAUGGGAGAUGCUAAAAGGAUUAGCUUCUUAGUGCAGGAUGUGUACCUCAAUAAAACCACAAAUAUAGGUGGUCUACCCGUCUGCUAGUUAGCCGAUUAUUCAAGAUAACUAACAGACUAACAGACAGUUAAAUAACUCAAAAAUGUCACAUCAGAAAGCUGAUGCUAACUGUUUCAUUUAAGGAAAUAGAAAAUGCUAAAAUGAUCAGUGCCACAUUGCUGGAGGUAUAGUGAAAUAAAGUUAGGUGGUCGACCCCAGUCAGCUGGUUAGCCUAGUUAGCUUUCUAACCAACCAGUGUCCAUCUGAUAAAUUAGAAUAAUUCUGUGGCAGACGAAUGUUUAAAGCUCGUCUCUGGAAAAAAAACAAAAAGAUAACUUAACCUGAGCUGAUGUGUUUCAGCAGCUGUUGUGAAAGAGGUUUUCUAAAAGUUACCAACAUUUAUUUUCAGUGAGAUUUUUGUGGCUGUUUAAAGAAGCCUCCGGUGGCUCUACAGAGACAUAUCUAACAUGUCGGUGUGUGCGGUCAGUUGUAAUUCUUAAGAAGAAAAUGGGAGUUGGCAGGUCAGUGUUUUAAAAAAUCUGAAUCAGCCAGGAAUUCUGCAUUUGGCAGAUAAUCCAACAGGUCAGGAAAGUCACAGUUUGUGUUCGUACCAUUAUUUUUUCAGCGAACUACGUCUCUCGUCUCGCACGAUGUUCCAACAUUGUGUCACCAACAUGGCUGCCACUGUGGCCCAGGUGUAACCGUAUCAGCAGCUUUGAAUUCUCCAGUUCAGCAUUUUGGUCGUCACCAUCUUUUUAUUUAUUUUUUUAUUUUAGUGACCAUAUUUGGAGGAGAGGGUGAGUUAACCCUAACACCAGCUGCUAGCUUGGUUAGCAUUUACAAAACUAUGGUUAAUUAUAAUGAUGCUAAUGCUAAUUCUUGCUAGCAAAAACAGGCUCAAAACCAUUGAGUUCAACCAAACGCUGAACGAGACUUUUUAGACGACUGAAACGUUACCGUUAAACUUUCAUAAACUGAAAACACACUAAUAUUGCAACAGCCGCACUUACACUCUUACGCCACAGUUACAUCACUUUCCCGAUGUUGUUGCCUUGUUAGCAACUUGUUAAUGAACGCAACCAAGCUGUCAAAGAGGCCCCGCCCCCUUAAUGAUGUGUACCUUUGAUCCUUAAUAAAAAGUAAACAGGUGAGUCCUGUAAAAGUCGUCAUGAAUGUUGAGAUGAUGUUUUUGUACCAGGCUGUAAACAUGUUCGUUUCUACAUGUUAGCGUGGAGCUCUGUGGGGACUGACUCACUGUUGGAGCCGGCCUCUAGUGGACGUGAGAGGCACUGCAGGUUUUGGAUUCAUGUUUCAGCCUCGAAGGACGCUGCUUGGUUUUUGUUAACCAGGAAGUUAAAUAACGAGCUCAGACUCCACCUCAGGCGUCGUAGCCUCAGAGAGAUCCAUGUGACGCCAGUGUCGUGACUCGUGACGUCUUUCUGAUGACACCGUUUCACCAUCUCAGUUUUACAACAAACUGUCACUUUGUUCAUUUGAUCAUCUGAAACACCUCACGUCAAACUCGUGGCUCAGUUUAAACAGGGUCAGAAAAUCAGUUGCCAGUCUUUGACCGUUACCUACCGAACACAUUUUUCUCUGAAUAAUGUCCUGUGAUGGACGCAGGAAGGGGAGGGACUUGGCCUCUCUGUCGGGACAUGUGACGGACAUUUGUUUCUGAAACAAGUUUAAAAAUCAGAGGAGAGACGGACAGAGGACAAAAACAUGAAUUGACAUUCUCUUCAUGUCCAGAGAAACAAGACGGGACUUCACUUCCUGUGUCUCACUUCAAACAGCUGAUCAAUCAGAUCAAUAACCAUUAAUGUCUCUCAGUUCGUCUCCUCUGUUCAUGUUUCUGAUUAACGGAGGAUCAACAUGAAAAACAUUGAUCUGAGCAGCUGUGAGGUUUAAACACACAAUCGGCCAAUGAGGAUGGACGCUGAUCUCUGAUUGGCUGAUUUUUUUUUUUUUUAAACAAAAAACAGUCGACUGCGUUUACUAAAAUUAAUUUUUUAAAAACUGGAGAUAUUUUUUCUGACUUUCUUCUGUAUCUCUAAAACCGAAAUUAUUAUCCAAUAAUUAUUUUAAAAAUUUCAAAUGUUAUCGAGAAAACCUCAAAAACUGAACGAUCUUUGUUACCAAAAACUGUCUUACUAUAAAAAAUAGUAAACUAUUAUCGUAAUUAUGAAACAUUUCAAAAUUACAAGAACUUUAACUCGUCCUUGUGAGAAUUGUUUCAGUGAGAAAAUUAGUGACCUGUAAUUCUAAAGAAUGAUGACAUUGUUAUUUUGUGAAUACAAAAUCGGUAUCUUGCAGUUUUGACAAAGUUAAAAGGAUCGCUGGAUUUUGGUCUCAUCGUUACUGAAGAAUUCCAAAGUGUAAAUAUUAUAGAAUAUAGAAUUGUCAUAAUUAUGAGGAUGAUUGGAACGUUAUCAGAUACAAAAUCAGUAACUUGAAAUCAUAAAAAAUAACUUAUAAGAAAGACAUUUUUGUGAAUACGGAACCAGCAUCACUUCACUUUAACAAAAAUGCUAUAAGUACGAGAUUUUUGUCUCAUAGUAACAAACUAAUUAUAAAAACAGUUGAAUUUGUAUUCUAGUUACAAAGAAGUCCACGAGACAUCAUUAACGAAGAGAUACAAAGUGUUAAUUGCAAAAAAUGUCUUUAAUUUUUUUUCCCCAAACAAGUUUAAAUGUCGAGUUGCCACAAAAACACAAGAUCAGCCAAUGAGAUCAGAGAAUUUUGUUGUUUUGAAAAUUCGUUUUCUAAUAUUGUUCACCCCCCCCCCCCCCCAAAAUUCAGCACUGAACAAACUCCAGUAUUCUGUGACGUUCUAAUGGUCGCAACAUUUCACGUAAAUCACAAAACAUCAAAACAAACACAAACAUAAACAAACACAGGACCAAAUAAAUAAAUAAAUAUUAAAGGAAAAAAAUCCACGUCUGAACUUGAGUCUGAACACUGAACUGUGUGUGUGUGUGUGUGUGUGUGUGUGUGUGUGUGUGUGUGUUAAAGCUGUGUUGCUUUACUGUUAGCCAUUAGCUGUUAGCGUAGCCACAGGGGGUUUGGUUGAUGACGUCAGCUGGGUGUCGGACGAACCCGUCGCCGUCGUCCAAUAGGAUUGUUAGAAUUCUUAUUUGUUUAUUGUUGUUUUUUUUUUUAAUUAUGAUGAUCUGCUGUAGUCUGCGAACCGACCAAUCACAGCUGAGGAUUGUGUCAACACAGGAACAAUAAAGUUUUAUCCUUUGAAAGCUGAAA